AUGUCGGAAGAUCGAGCUGAAACUGUACCAUUGUCAACAACUACGAAUCAAAAUAGUCCUGCAUCGCAUCUAUCCGCCAGUGAUGACGAGGUUUUUUACUCAGUACACGAGUCGACAAACUCUAAGGUUCUGACGGAAACAAAUCAACAACGAAGUAGUGAUACUUCGAAUAGAACCACGAUCCAUGUGCACGGACAACAGCAACCUUCUCCUUCCACUGAUGCACUUGAUCAUCUCGUAGAUGAAACUCAGCUUACCAACAUUAGUCAUGAUCCAUAUACACAACAUAUUCAACGCAAUAAUAAUAAUCAAAUUACAUAUGAACAAAAUAUAUUUAUCCGAUACUUGCGACCACCUACACCACCCGAGCCAGGUCCACUGAUAAUUCGAGAAAUGUAUGCACCGGCGCCUUUUGAGAAAGCUCCGCUGAUUGUUCAUCAACGUUCAUUGCCACCUAAGACCCCACCACCAAUAGUUAUACGAGAGCGUCCGCCUAUUCCACCACCUGUCGAUCCUCCGCGCAUAGUAAAUCGAUACUUGCCAGCCGCACCACCGCCACCACGCAGAAUAAUUAUGCAACGACAAUUACCGCUGCCACCAAAGCCACAACCCGUAAUUAUUGAGAAGUGGCUUCCAUACAAACCACCGCCACAACGACGAGUCAUUGUGCAACGGGCACAUAUGCCCAUGCAGCAAAAAUCAGUACGAACGAGCACGAUCAUCACACAUGGCACGCCCUGUGUGAAUAUUGUCCAGAAUAUUCGUCAUCUUGGCACAGUUCGUGUAGAUCCACACAUAUAUUCGGCUCAAUACGGUUCACUGUUAGCUUCGAGUGAAUACAUCCGAAAUAUAAUGAGCCGAUUUGGUAUCGGAUAUAACUAUCCUCAAAUGAUACAAAUGCAGACAUCAGCAAAGAGAGGUCAUCAUUUUCAACCCAUCAAUAGAUACGGUAACAUUGAAUUGGCAAACACAUCAAGUUCAUCUUCAUCACCAGAUGAAGACGAAGCAGAAUUCAUAGAUGAAGAUAUCACGCCGGAUGAAACUAGCUCAAAUGAGCAAAUAGAAAUUCCAAAUCCAACCUAA